CCCGAAUAAAACCUGCUCGCGACCAGGUUUGGUUCACAGAGUCAGUUGCCAUAGUAACUGACUCUGAGUUUCCAUUACCUCGCUUCUUGAAACGGGCUUAAACUUACCCCGCUUUACGGGUUUAAGUAACCCCGCUUUCUGAAACCGAAAACUCUGAGUUUUCCUCAUUUCGGGGUUAAAAACUCAGAGUUUCCACAAAACCUCCUUCUUUAAACGGGCCCCUGCUGAGCACUGUCACUGAGUCAGACCUGCUGUAAAGUCUUCUACAUCAGUAAAUGUCAGAAUAGAUGUGAGACUGAAUGUAUUUCACAUAUGAACAAGAAGACAGGAUCCAAUCAGGAACAAAGGUCCAGACCAGACAGCUGCAGACCGAUGGACCUUGGCUAUUGGAUUUCAUGGUCCCGCAUGUAGCCACCGACGGAACCGAGUCGCUGCUGUCCAGCACCAGACCGAGUCACAAGGUGUCCGGUUCUUGUUUUUCAUUCCGGUUGCUUCCUUCGUUAGUGUUUUUGUAGUAAAGUGUAAUUUGCGCCAAGUGACUCAGUUCCCCAGGUUCUGAAGCAGUACCAGCUCGGGGCUGAUGGUGGGUCCAGGUUUCACAACCUCUGACCUGCUCCUCUCCUCAUCCUCUAAAUACAUCCUUCUUCCUGCCUUUUCUGCGUGUUUCAUUCCUAUCUGUGCACGAGCCUCGAUUUAUUGAGCACGAAGCAAUAUUACUGUAGGAAAGUCCCGCAGAACCAACGCUCCAGUUACCGGACCGGAUUCCGCUGCGUCCUAACUUUCUUCCUGCUCAUGUCAUUUCCUGUGAUCAGACGCGCUCCCAUCUCCACCGACCCUCUGCGCAAAGCGACGGCGAGUGCGCGUGGGCGGCCGCGCGCGGUGCUCGGCCGCUGGGGGCAGACGCUCCGUGAGUCCGCUACGUCUGUGCACAAGGUGGGUCCACGUCAGUCGCCACCGCGGCCACUGAAAAUGGCUUCCGAGGAGAACGGGCAGCUCGCCAGCUGCCGCGGAGCGUGGCGCAGAUCGGAACCGUCUGCGGGUCGGCGUCAGCCCGGACGCACAAAGUUGAGUCUUGCCCAGCGGUUUGUUCCGACUGGCGCAGCGGCACAGAGUCGACGCUGGCUCCGGGCCGAGGACGAGGACGACUGACAUGGUUCCACCAUGAGCAGCAAGCUGGACGUGUGGUUCUGUGAGGAGUGUCAGGACUAUUUCCAAAAGGAGUGUCCGUCCCACGGGCCCCCUCUGUUCAUCCCUGACACAGCCGUGGCCCCGGGUUUGGCCAACAGGGCCACGCUCACGGCGCCUUCGGGCCUGGAGGUGUUUGCUGAAGGGGGCCGGGUGGACGUUCGCUGCGUGGAUGCGCUCAUCCCCAGGGGGGCGGUGUUUGGGCCUUAUGAGGGUGAGCUGGUGUCCACAGACAAGUCCUCUGGCUUCUUUCCCUGGAUAAUUGUUGGUUCCAACCAAACGUAUCAGUGCAUCGACGGCAGCAACGACACUAAAGCCAACUGGAUGAGUUUAGUCCGGACCUCGUCAGAGGAGAGCACCCGGAACCUGGAGGCGUUUCAGCACAGUAGCAACAUCUACUUCAGGGUGUGUCGGCAGCUGGCAGCAGGGGAGAAGCUGAGGGUCUGGUACAGCAAAGACUACAUUCAAAGACUUCAGUGCGUUUCUCAAGUGAGCAUCAACUGCUACCUGGAUUCAGAGUCAGAGAGUGCAGCAGCCGGGGCCCACAUUCACAAGGACUUUGAACCUCCAUGCUUGCAGUCGGCUCUGCAGGGCGAACCCAGCCCUAAGAAGCAAGCUAGUGAGCAGUGUGAUGGUCAGCCACCUGCUAAGAAGAAGAAGAUCGACCUAAUCUUCAAAGACGUCCUAUUAGCGUCUCUGGAGGGCUCAGGCAGGUCCAGGCUCCGUUCCUCCAUCCUAGAGUUCAACUCAGAAAGUGUCGCUGCCCUUCCUAAGCUGAAGGUGGAAGAGAAAGAGGAUGAGAAGCUGAGCAGUGAGGAACCUUCCACUUCCUUCUGCCCAAACUGUGUCAGGCUGAAGAGGAGGAUCCUGGAGCUGGAGGAGGAGGUGUUCCGCCUCAAAGGAGAACAGAGGCACGCGCUGGGUCCAGCAGUGUCUGAACAGACCAUGUCCCAAAACAGCCAGGUCCCACCGCACCCAGAGCAAGGCCCCAUGGAAGAUGUUCAAGGCAUGGAGCCUUCCACACCCACUCAGGUGGCUCUGGAUGAAGACGAGCAGGAUGUGGAUUCCCCCGACGAGUCCAUUACUGCAGAUCUUGUUAUUUCUCCAGAGGAUCCAUCAAAGCUUUCCUCUGGAGGAAGCAGGAGGAUUCGACGCUUCAAGCAGGAAUGGCUAAAGAAGUUUUGGUUUCUCCGCUACUCACCAACCCUGAAUGAGAUGUGGUGCCAUGUCUGCCGCCAGUACACCGUGCAGUCCUCCCGCACCUCCGCCUUCAUCAUUGGCUCCAAGCAGUUCAAGAUACACACCAUCAAGCUCCACAGCCAGAGCAACCUGCACAAGAAGUGUCUGCAGCUGUACAAGCUGCGCAUGCACCCAGAGAAGACAGAGGAGAUGUGCAGGAACAUGAUGCUGCUGUUCAACGCGGCGUACCACCUGGCCCUGGAGGGGCGCCCCUUCUCGGACCUGCGUCCGCUGGCAGAGCUGCUGAAGAAGUGUGAACUCAAGGUGGUGGACCAGUACAUGAACGAAGGAGAUUGCCAGGUCCUCAUCCACCACAUCGCUCAGACAUUAAAGGAGGACCUCGCAGAGAAGAUGCGCUUAUCUCCUUUCCUAAGUGUCAUCAUGGAUGCUCAGAAUGAUGAGCUGCUCUCCGAUACGGUCGCUGUCUACGUCCAGUUUAUCUCCAGUGACGGCUCACCCAGCACAGAGUUCCUGUCAUUGCAGAGACUGAGCACGUCCAGCGUUGAUGGGUACCUUCAGGCCAUGGAUCGAGCCUUCGGGGUCCUGGGCCUUAGGUUUCAGGACCUGCUGGUGGUGGGUCUGGGGAUGGAUGGCACUAACAUCUCUUCAGGAAUGAGAGCCAACCUCUACGUAGCUGUGCAAAAGACAUUUCCCUGGGUGCUCUGCCUUCCUAUCAUGAUCCAUCGACCUCACCUAGAGGUGCUGGAUGCCAUCAGUGGAAAGGAGCUUUCCUGCCUGGAGGAUCUGGAAAACAACCUCAAGCAGCUCAUCAGUUUCUACCGCUACUCCCCACGCAUGAUGUCUGAGCUGCGAUCCACGGCUCCAACGCUGUCAGAGGAGGCCGAGUUCUUGGGAGACAUCCGGGCCAUUCGAUGGAUAAUAGGAGAACCCAAUGUCCUUAAUGCACUCAUCAAAGAUUACCUAGAGGUAGUGACACACCUGAAGGAGAUCAGCAGCCAAACGCAGAGGGCGGACGCUGCAGCUAUUGCACUUAGCCUUCUCCAGUUCCUCCUGGACUACCAGUCAGUGAAGCUCAUCUACUUCCUCUUGGACAUCAUAGCUGUGCUGUCACGGUUAGCCUUCACCUUUCAGGGAGUCUACCUGUUGGUUUCCCAAGUGGAAGCCAAAAUCGAAGAGGCCAUUCAGGAGAUAGGGCGGUUGGUGGACUGUCCUGGAGAGUAUCUGCAGGAAUUUGAGGAAAAUUUUCGUGAAAGUUUUAACGGUGUUGCUUUAAAGAAUCUGCGUGUCGCUGAGUCCAAGUUUCAGUCCAUUCGAGAAAAAAUCUGCAACAGGAGUCGAGGCAUCCUGUCACAGAGGUUGGACCUGCAAAGUCGCUCGUUUGCCAAAGCCUGCAAGGUUCUGGACCUGUCCACUUGGCCUCACACCCAAGAAGACCUACAAGCCUAUGGUGAGGAGGACAUUCAGCUGAUUUUGAACCACCUAGAGUCUGUCCCUUUUGCAGGUCAGGAGGGCUCCCAGGCCAGAAGUCGUCUGGUGGUGGAGUGGAAGGAUCUGAAAGCUGACUACUGCAGCAUGAACGGAUUUAAAGAGGUCAUCAGUCACAUCUGCAGGUACAAGCAGCGUUUUCCUCUCCUCAAUCGGAUUGCACAGGUUGUCAGGGUCCUGCCCAGUUCCACAGCCUGUUGUGAUAAAGGCAGAGGGUCCCUACAGAAGAUGUGUAAGAACAGCCGUUCCCGUCUGACUCUGGAGCAGAUGAACGACCUGCUCACCCUGUCUGUCAACGGUCCGCCCAUUGCUAACUUCGAUGGGAAACGAGCAUUGGACAGCUGGUUUGAGGAGAAGUCCGGCAGCGCUUACACACUUUCAGCCGAGGUGUUGAACAGGAUGUCGGCUGCUGAGCAGAAGUCUGUUUUGCACAGUGUUGACAUUAACACAGAGUUUUACUCUGACAUGUAAUCAACAGAAUGGAACGCACAGUAGCUCCCAGCUAGGCAGUUUGGACCUGCAGCCUCCAGGGAACACACAAACAGGCUGUGGAAGUAGAAGGACAUGUAGGACCGACCGGUAUCCACAGAGCUGAGGGGGCUCAAACAUGAGCCAGCUCAAAAGAUGAAGGAUGUGACAAUGGUGCACAGUGGACACGGAUGGAGCAGACAUAUACAAUGAGGAAAAAAAUGUAAAAUCACUUCAGCUGGUUACAGUACAAAACAGCUUUAAAGACAGAACACAAAAGCCAAUAAACAGACUCACAAAGACUCACAAAGACAGACUGUACGACCACAGAAAUGUUGAUGAACACGUCGUUUAGAGAGCAGCCUCAGAACAGACAGGCAGUGUCAUCUGGACUCAGCGGUUCCCUCUGGGACCAGCUGAUGACACUGACCAGCCUCACACAUGCUGGAUAUUAUAACCAAGCACUUGUUGCCAGAGUAACAGUUGAACGUGGGAAACAAUCAGCGAGUGUCCGGCGAUGUCGUAGAUGAGCGAGUGCAGGGACAUUUGUGUUGGACAUGUCGGCUGAGCAGACGGAUCUGAUUCCAGGUCAGAAGCUUGAAUCCAAUGUGAAGUGAUAAGGUUCAGCUGCUGUUGCAGUGAGUGUGUUGAGCUGAGGGACACGUUUGCCUUGUGCCUGUAAAUAAAAGAGUUUGUCAUUUUA